GGUGUGGAAAAGGCUUGCAAAAAUUAAAAGGAAGGAGGAAUGCCUGAUGAUUCUUGGACAAAUUGCAGCACACCUGAGUGCCCCAAGGGAGGGUCAGUCCAAGACCUCAAAAAUGGAUGUCUGUAACUUUUAUAGUUCUGUGUUGGUAUUGCUGACUCAAACCACAGAAUCCCAAAGAAGGGGAGAAAUGGAAUAAAAUACUCAAUUAUCAAGUGCCAGAGGAAAAUACCAAACUGUCCAAUGAAAACUACUGUUACAAAGGUAUAGACUGCUCCUGCGGCAUAUAAAUGAGUGUGUGCAAAAAAGCUCUGCACCAUAAGCAUACCUGUUCCAGUGUUUGUGAGGUUUCUUCAUUGUGAAGAACUUCAAACUAAAAACUAUUAACUAUUGCUUUUAAGAAAUUUAAAAUACAGGAAAAAGUCACCAAGGAUUCACAAUGUUUCUGUUUUGUUUUGGAUAAGUGACCAGAAUAUUAUGAGCAUUGUAUCUGAUGGCGUAGACUACAUUUUGCUGUUCUUCAUCAUGGAAAUUAGAGUUAUUUUAGACUUUCUCUGCAAUAUCACAUGAUUAAGACACAUGCUGAAAGCUGCCUUUUUUGGGUGUGUGUGUGUGUGUGUGUGUGUGUGUGUGUGUGUGUGUGCCAGAACUUGAUGUGACUGUUAAGAAAAUCAUGGCUUAAUUCCCCUUUUAAAAGUUUUUGUGGGGAUGCUCUUGGAAAGGUAUGAAAAGGAAAAUCAGCUUUUUGGUGCGGGACCCAAAAUCUUAUAAGAAUGCCCAGAAGAGGUUUAAUAUUUCAAGCCAGGACCCGUUGGCUGUUCGUGGGUCUUGCCUUGCUAUUCAGUUUAAUGUUGUUCGUGUACUUGUUUGAGUGUGCUCCACAAACAGAUGGCAAUGGAUCUCCGCCUGGCAUUGUAGGGGAGAACUUGGGUAAAGAAUAUUACCAAGCUCUCCUACAGGAACAAGAAGAACACUAUCAAACCCGGGCUACUAGUCUGAAGCGUCAGAUUGCACAGCUAAAACAAGAGCUUCAAGAAAUGAGUGAGAAGUUGAAAAUACUACAGGAAAAAAAGAGCCCCAAAGUCAAUGGCAUGGGCUACCAAGGCACCAAAGGACAAGCAUCCAAUGAUCUCCUAGAGUUUCUUCAUUCCCAAAUAGAUAAGGCUGAAGUGAGCAUCGGGGCCAAGCUUCCUAGUGAAUAUGGUGUUGUUCCCUUUGAAAGCUUUACCUCUAUGAAAGUGUUCCAGUUGGAGAUGGGGCUCACUCGACACCCAGAGGAGAAACCUGUUAGAAAGGAUAAGCGAGAUGAGUUGGUGGAAGUUAUUGAGGCUGGCCUAGAAGUAAUCAAUAAUCCAGAUGAAGAAGAUGGACAAGAUGAUGAUGAUGGAAUAGGAGAGAGACAGCUCUAUAAUGAAAACGAUUUCAUCGAAGGUUAUUAUCGUACAGAGAGAGAUAAGGGAACGCAGUAUGAAUUGUAUUAUAAGAAGACAGACGUUAUGGAAUACAGACAUGUCACGCUAUUCCGACCAUUUGGACCCCUCAUGAAAGUCAAGAGUGAAACAGUUGACAUUUCCAGAUCAGUGAUUAAUAUUAUUGUCCCUCUUGCUGGAAGAACUGAGGCAUUUGCACAGUUUAUGCAAAAUUUUAGGGAUGUGUGUAUUCAUCAGGACAAGCGGAUUCACUUAACAGUGGUAUACUUUGGCCAGGACGGGCUAUCUGAAGUCAGGAGUAUCCUAGAGUCCGUUGCCCGAGAAACUAAUUUUCACAAUUACACACUGGUGUCUUUGAACGAGGAAUUUAAUCGUGGACGAGGACUAGACAUGGGUGCCAGAGCCUGGGAGAAAGGCGAAGUGUUAAUGUUCUUCUGCGAUGUUGAUAUCUAUUUCACAGCUGAGUUCCUUAACAGUUGCCGCUUGAAUGCUGAACCAGGCAAGAAAGUUUUCUAUCCCGUGGUAUUCAGCCUUUAUAAUCCUGCAAUUGUCUACGCUAACCAAGAUGUACCACCUCCCGUGGAACACCAAUUGGUACACAAGAAGGAUUCUGGCUUUUGGCGAGAUUUUGGCUUUGGAAUGACUUGUCAAUAUAGGACAGAUUUCCUGACAGUAGGGGGGUUUGACUUGGAAGUGAAAGGCUGGGGUGGAGAGGAUGUUCACCUAUACAGGAAGUACUUGCAUGGAGACCUUAUUGUGAUCCGGACCCCAGUCCCAGGCCUGUUUCACCUCUGGCAUGAGAAGCAUUGUGCUGACGAGCUGACUCCAGAGCAAUACCGCAUGUGUAUCCAGUCUAAAGCCAUGAAUGAAGCAUCCCACUCGCACCUUGGAAUGCUAGUCUUCAGGGGGGAGAUUGAGACCCAUCUCCGUAAACAGGCCUAUAGGACUAAUAGUGAAGCAAUAGAUUAAAAGGACUCUUAAUGCAAGACUGAAGACUUUAAACUCACAAUGAACCAGCAUCAUUCAACAGCCUUAAUUCAGCUUACAAAUUCAGUGCCUCUCUUUCAGUGAAGAAAAGUAUAACUUCUUUGGUAUUGUGUUUCCUACAUAUCUCACCAAUUCAGGCACUUGAUAUAAGAACUUUUGAAAAACAAUAUUUCAAUAAAAGUUUCUACAGUAUUAACUUUAUGGAAAAAUAUAGCAGCAGAAUGUAUGUCCUAAUACUUUUCCACCUCCUGUUGAUAAUUUUUUCAUAUUUGCAUUAUUGUAAGUAAGGAUUGCAUUAAGUGGACAAUACUGUCUUGUGGACUAGGUAUUGUUACACUCUGUCUUGCUCACUGCACUGUAAUUUUUAAAAGAUACUAUACUUAUACAUUCCAGGAUAAAAAUUAAACACACAUGACCAUGAAACUCAUUGGAAAAUGUACACAAGAGUUUAGUUAGUAUGUUAAUUAGGUUGCUGAUUUCACAGCAAUAAUUUGCUAAUGGAAUUCACUUUAUUAACAGUCAUCCAUAUAAUUCCCAUUACUGAAGAAUUUAUAGGAAAAAGGGACAUAUGAAAAUCUCUUAAAGGGGAAUUCUAGAACAGUUAAUAUUUUAUAUCAAUGCAAAAAUAAGCUGGACAUGUACCAUUUGCUUAUCCUAGCUACAGGCCAAAAAAAAGUUCCUUUUGCAUAUUUCAGGAUAUACAAAGACAAGCAGUUUAAAUAAAAGCGGGUCACUUGUCUCCUGUUGCUUCAUAUUGUAUGACUAGAUGCAUCAUUUUUAAUAUCCUUUGUUUUCAGAUGAAUGUUGAGCUCACUAAUUUAGUGGGGAGAAUGGGGGAUUUGCAUGUGCAGUCCCCACAUAUUUAGAAAUUAUUUGAAAACCACUCACUAAAUCAGCUAAUUCUGGAUCUGUUUUUAGUUUCAGACACUGAAGGGCAAGUAGAGAUUAAAAUAUGUGACUUGUGGAUGCAAAAUGAGCUGUGUAAAAUAGUUCUAUUCACUGAUCCUUUUUUACAUGUACAUAAAAUUUGCCUUUAUGUAACUUAUUGUGGAGAACAGUGUACUGUAUUGUGUUUAAAGAGGGGAGAAUGUAAUGCAGGAUGUCUUACAAUUGGUAUUCCCUCUCCGAUGAAUGAAUAAAUGAAUAUUUCUCCAUUUUAGCACUUUUA